CCUCUUCCAGAUUUCACCAGCCCCUCCCCAUCUCCCAGCCAACCACCCUCCCGUGGUCUUCUGCUGUCAAGUGACUCGUUCGUUAAGGUUACUUAAAAGAUUCUCGCUCAAGUCGAAACCCUCGUUUCCUCCAACCAUCGUUUCCUGGAGUAUCUCUCGUUGAUUGCUCUUCACAGCCUCAUACCCAGUCAUGAAGUUCGCCACUGCUCUGUUGGCGUUUGCCGCCAUCGCUCUUGCUACUGAGGACCAUGACCACGACAAGGGUAAGGACAAGACCAGGACCAUUGUGACGGAAGUCUUGACCACCUACACCACCGUCUGCCCUGUCACCGUCACCAAGCCUGGCCAUGGCACUACCCAGUACGAGGUCAUCACCACAACCUCUACCAUCGUGGAGAAAGUACCAACAACGGUCUACGAACAUCUCCCUGGACACACAGAUUAUGUCACAAAGACCGACGUUGAAUACACCACCUAUACGAGCUUGUGCCCGGUGACGGAAACUAUCACUGGCGAGGGUCACACCUACACAAAGACCUACACGACAAUCAGCACGAUUGUUGAGAAGGUUCCUACCAAGGUGUGGGAGACUGUCCCGGGCCCCACGGUCAUUGAGAAGACCAAGGAAGUUGAGUACACGACUAUCACUAAGCUUAUUCCCCACACCAAGACUUUGACCCAGGAUGGGCACACAAUCACUCAGACGUAUACCGAGACCGAGACGAUCGUCACAAAGGUACCAACCAAGAUCUGGGAGACUGUCAAGCUUCCCGAUGUUACCAAGACCGAGAAGGACGUCGAGUACACGACUAUCACUAAGCUCGUCCCUCACACCAAGACCUUGACCCAGGAUGGGCACACAAUCACUCAGACGUAUACCGAGACCGAGACGAUCGUCACAAAGGUACCAACCAAGAUCUGGGAGACUGUCAAACUUCCCGAUGUUACCAAGACCGAGAAGGGUGUCGAGUACACAACCUUGACGAGCCUCUGCCCGAUCACCGAAACGAAGACUGUUGGCGGAGAGACCGUCGUCGUUACGUGGAUCUCGACCUCGACUAUCGUCACUCAGGUCCCCACCAAGGUCGACGUGUACACUACCGUCAAGACCACCCAGCACCUCUCCACGGAGGUCUACGAGACCAUCACCAAGCCCGUCACCACCUACCAAACGAUCGAACACGGCGAGACCCACUGGGUCACGGCCACUGGCACCAAGACCAUCACCGUUGAGAAGGUCCACACCAUCACGGAGGUCCUGGUUGAGACCAAGACGAAGCACGUCGAGGUCACCCACGCUGUCACUGUCGGCGGCGAAGAUGUCGUGACCCAAAAGUCCUGGGUCUACGUCACCGUCUCCGGCACGGUCUACGCUACGCAGACCAGAGCGCCCGUCACCGCUGUCGUCCCCACAACGAGUGCGGUGACAAUUCCUGUGACGACUGUGGCGAGCACUGUGGUCGGCACUUCCGCCCCCGUCGUUGUUGAGACCGGUAGUGCGGACGCCCGUAAAGCGCCGGCCGCUGUCUUUCUGGCCGGUGUCUUGGGUGCCGUUGCGCUUCUCUAAAGCAUGCGGACCUGAAACAUAGGCCGUUUGUUUCACCUUUUUUUCUCUCUUUCGCUCUGAACGUCUCUGCCUUCAGUAGGGCGUCGUCAACACUUUUGCACUUUUGCCCGGGGACGAAUGAGCCGGUAUUUAAUGCAUGGACCUGGUCCACACGACUUUUACGACAAGCUCAAGGCUGCGACGGCACGGAUAUAUAUCAACAUACCCAGUUACAUUCUCUAAUGACAAACAGAAAACAUUGGACAACCGAAAGGCACACGAGGCGGGGCGACUUUGGGAUAACGAACUUCCCAGGUAAAUAGGAGGGCGGUGAAUGCUGUUCUGCAAGGGGGGUCCUACGAUUCUCGCAAAAGCGAAAGGAUACAACGCACUACGUAGUAGACCCUCAUUACUCUCAUGUAC